UCACAGGUUCCUGUGGGUCUGAUGGCUCCCGGAACAACGUAAAGCUGAAACUAAACUCCUCUAACCGAUGAGCUGUUUUCAUUAUUAUCUCUUUAUUUUUGAUUGUUCAAAGACCGCCAUAGCAUGUAGGAUGGGGAUCGGUGCUUUAUCAUGAAACUCCGCGCGAAGUAUGACAGAAAAGCAUAUAGCGAGUACAGAAGAGUUCUUAAACUGACAGAUUUGUCUGAUCCGAUGCAGCCCAAACCUAGCCCACAAGAGGGGAAUGGGCUGUCAUUAAACCUGCAGCCAGAGCUGCUUGACCGGAUGCCCAGGGCUGGAAUGUCCAGUGGCCCGAAAACCGGCGAGGACGUCCGGGUUCCCAUGACCAGCACAUCGGGGCCGACAGGUGGAAGAGGCGCGACCUCCAGGAGGGCGAGAGCAGCCAGCCACUCUCAUUCUCACGUGCACGGGGGCACACACGGCAAUUACGAGUCUGACAGCAGCGAGUCUGACCUGGAAUCCGGAGAAUCCAGCAACUCAUUAUCAGAACUGCAUUACAUCCUGCGCUGGGUGAAGAAAAGUCUUCCCUUCAUCAUUAUUCUGUGCGCAAAACUAGUAAUUCAGCAUGCCCUGGGUCUGGCUGUUGCAGUUGGUCUGUUUACCACUUUUAUGUAUGUCAACAAAAGCAUUCAAACGCAAGUAUUUCUCCACGACCGAAGGACAAAGUUGCUCUGUGCCUGGCUCGUGCUGUUCCUCGUGUCCUCCAGUCUCCUUGUGUUUUACACUUUUUACACUCAGUCACUUUAUCGUUGCCUCAUCAUUGCCAACCCAACAAUAGAUUCCCAAAAUUUCUGGGAGGUUUUGUGGUGUGUUGGUGUGACUAAUUUCAUUGUGAAGUUUGUCUUCAUGGGGCUCAAGUGUCUUAUUCUCCUCGUCCCCUCCCCCCUCAUGGCGUACCAGCGUAGGGGUCAGUGGUAUAUGCUUAUUGAGGAGGUGGGGCAGGUGUAUCAAGUGAUUGCUCCGGUCCCACUCUGGUUCCGCUACCUGGUCAGCUACGAUGAGAUGGACACCUCAGUUGGACUUACUUUGGGAAUCUUGCUGGCUUUGCUCUACCUCAUAAUGAAGCUUUUAGGACUGUACGGACAAUGGGGAUCUUUGCAGAAAACUUUCCAGUCAUUUUUCAGUUAUGAGUUGAAUGGAGCCCCAGCCAGUCUGGCUCAGUGCAGGGAGGCAGGAGACAUUUGUCCGAUCUGUCAGGCUGAUUUUAAGCAGCCUCGGGUCCUCGUGUGUCAGCAUAUCUUCUGUGAGGAAUGCAUAGCGCAGUGGUUUAACCAGGAAAAGACCUGUCCCCUCUGCCGCACUGUUAUCACAGACAAGGUGUACAAGUGGAAAGAUGGUGCAACUUCAGCUUAUUUACAAAUCUACUGAACACGCUGCUCACUGCGAGGACGAAGAAACAGUGUUCUGACAUGUUGAGACAGACGUGUUCUGACCAGCAGAGGAUUUGCACAGUGCAAUAGUGGCUCAUAUCAAACAUAUCCACGUCUUGGUUGUGAGAUCACAAAGAUGAGCAUGCAGCACUUGUUAAAGGGCUGUAGUCACUGUAGUAAUGACAGCUAUCUCUAGGUUGAAAGAUGCAUUUUUGUUUGUAUAGAUAAAUCUUGUCAGAAAAACAAGUGUGCUCACCAGCUCUUUGUAUUAUUAUUAUUAUUGCAUGUGGAGCUCCCUUAUCUUUUAUUAGCCAUGAUAAUUUAUAUUCUUCAUUGUGGUUUUGCAUGCCAUCUUUGGUUUGACUAAUUUCUUGAGUUUUUACAGCAUAUUUGGCUAUAAGUGGAAAAACGUAAUUAUUUAUUUAUUUUUUUAAGGUGGGGACAAAUGGGUUUCUUUUGUAUGAAAGAUAUUCUUUGUAGUUACAGUUUUGUCACAAAACAUUUAUUAAUCCUUAUCACAAGGAGUUUGAAAGAAUGCUGAUAGCAUUUCAAACUUUGUUUUUCCCUUUUAAAGUAUUUAGAUUUAUUCAGUAAUAACUUAAAUUAAAAGGCAUGUUUAAGUUUUCCAGGCUGUAAUUCCAUAUGCCCACAACUGAUUUAUUAAGGAUGUAGCAUUAGAAUUGUAUGACUGUGAUUUUAGUAUCAAGACCAGUGACUGAAGAGAAGAUGUUUGUCAAUUUUUCAUCAAAACAAUGUUAUUGUACAUGCAAAAUGCAUUUGUAAUUCAGGCUCUACACAGAUUCAUAUACAUAUAUAUAUAUAUUUCAGUACCAUGAUACAGUAGUUACAAUAGUAUUUUUAUUGCACAUCAAGUAUAUUUUGUAACAAGGAAGAGAGCUGACCAAAUACAUUUUUUUAACUCUUCAACUGUGUCACUGAAAUAUUUUGUCCAGUAAAAUACAUACCAGAGUUCCAGGGUUGCUUGUCAAAUGCACUAAUUCAACUUUAUUGAUCUGGUCAAAUUCACCACAGAUCUGAGUAAAAAAAUUAAAACAAGUUUUAAAAUAAACAUUAGCAAUCACAGACAACACCAAAUUAAUUAUAAACAAUCUCAUGUGAUUCAGUACUUUAUAUUCACUUUUUAAUUUAUUUAUUCCAUUUUCUCCCCAAUUUGGAAUGCCCAAUUCCCACUACUUAGUAGGUCCUCGUGGUGGCACGGUUACUAACCUGAGUCCGGGUGGCGGAGGAGAAGUCUCAGUUGCCUUCACCACUAUGGAGCAGUGGUGGCUCAGUGGUUAAGGAUCUGGGUUACUGAUCAGAAGGUCAGGGGUUCAAGCCGUCAAGAUGCCACUGUUGGGCCCUUGAGCAAGGCCCUUGACCCUAUCUUCCCCAGGGGUGCCGUAUCAUGGCUGACCCCAGCUUAGCUGGGAUAUGUGAAAAAAAAAAAGAAUUUCACUGUAUAUGUGCAAAUGUAUAAUGUGUGAUAAAUAAUUAAAAUUAUAAUUCUGAGACAGUCAA